CCCUCCCCGUCCUGCUUUCAAAUUCAACGUUCAACUUAGCGUCUAGUAAUUGAUCCACCUACCCCUUCCCCAGACUUUCGUGUUCUACCUCUAAUGCCACGCCAAAUUCAACUCUCUGUUCUCAAGACUCCGGAGAAUCGUUUGAAGGAGGCGUUUCUUCAAAUUUGUCUGGACCCGGUCGUGGGAUGCCGGAAAUGAGAAGGGUUUGUUGUCAAUCUCUAUUUUGCUGUCAUCUCAUCCCAACCCUCACUUGGGUUCGCUCUUCAGGUUGCAGUACCAACAUACCGACAAUCGACCUGCUGGCAGUGACAACGCCUCAAAUUUUUCAGCCAGAAACUCCGGCAGCGAAGCCCCCCCUCCCCCAAGAAAAAAACCCCCCCGCACAUAACGCCAUGGUAUCAUCUUGAUCUCCUGGACUUUGACGUGUUGAAGACAUAUGGC